AUGGCGGCUGUGCCAGGCAUUGCUCCUGCCCCCGAAACCGUUCGUGCUCUACAUACCGCGUACGCAUCGCUGCCUAUACGCGCGCCUCAGGCGUCCCCCACGACACCCUGUCGCAGCCCAAGCCCCGAAGAACUACUCUACGCAUCGUUAACCGUCGCAAUGCUAUUCGCCCCUUGCUUGCUGUGCUCAUCGACGGACAGCGUGCCUGUUGUGCGCGGACGUAUUUCAAGAGAUUGCAAGCCCGUGGGCGUGGAUUUCCAAUCUUCUUCGAGGCCUCGACCAUGA